CAGGCCCAGAGAGGAAAAAUGGCGGAAAGCAUAUCAGGCGCACUCUCCCACUCGCAACUUAAAACACUCGGGAACACAAAGCACAUGACGCAAACAAGUGUCUCACCUGUCCAACAUCUCAAUCAGUGCAGCAAGAACCGACGCUUCACAAAAAACGACGCAACACAAAUGACUGCACGGCAACAAACUCCACAGG